AUGGUGUCUGCCAAUCUACUCUCGUUUGUUCUGAUUAUAACCGCUUUAGCACGUCACGCCAGUGGAUGUUACAAUUUGCCGUGCAUACCUGGAUGGUACCCGUGGAGGGACCAUUGUUACUUGGUCUACCCUCCUCCAGAGGAAACCGAAAGGUUCACAUUUGUUCAAGGAGAGGAGUUUUGUAAAGGAUUCCAAAAUAAGCAGGUCAAAGGUCACUUGGUGUCAAUACUCGACCAAGAAGAGCAAGAUUUCGUCAUCAGGCUGAUGUCCAAGAUUAGACCGGAAGGGCAGUUUUGGAUUGGUCUGACUGACGCAGCAGUUGAAGGUGUCUUCAAGUGGACGGACGGUAGCGUGCUGGAGUAUACGAACUGGGCAGAGGAUCAACCCGAUGAAGGCUGGCCAGACGAGGAUUAUGUGGUAAUGACCAUAGAUGAAAAAUGGAAUGAUGCAAGAGGAGACCAAGACCACCCUCGUCAACAAAUCAUAUCACGUCACGCCAGUGGAUGUUACAAUUUGCCGUGCAUACCUGGAUGGUACCCGUGGAGGGACCAUUGUUACUUGGUCUACCCUCCUCCAGAGGAAACCAAAUGGUUCACAUUUGAUCAAGGAGAGGAGUUUUGUAAAGGAUUCCAAAAUAAGCAGGUCAAAGGACACUUGGUGUCAAUACUCGACCAAGAAGAGCAAGAUUUCGUCAUCAGGCUGAUGUCCAAGAUUAGACCGGAAGGGCAGUUUUGGAUUGGUCUGACUGACGCAGCAGUUGAAGCACGUCACGCCAGUGGAUGUUACAAUUUGCCGUGCAUACCUGGAUGGUACCCGUGGAGGGACCAUUGUUACUUGGUCUACCCUCCUCCAGAGGAAACCAAAUGGUUCACAUUUGAUCAAGGAGAGGAGUUUUGUAAUGGAUUCCAAAAUAAGCAGGUCAAAGGUCACUUGGUGUCAAUACUCGACCAAGAAGAGCAAGAUUUCGUCAUCAGGCUGAUGUCCAAGAUUAGACCGGAAAAGCACUUUUGGAUUGGUCUGACUGACGCAGCAGUUGAAGGUGUCUUCAAGUGGACGGACGGUAGCGUGCUGGAGUAUGCGAACUGGGCAGGGAAACAACCCGAUGCAGCCUGGUCAGACGAGGAUUAUGUGGAAAUGAUCAUGGAUGAAAAAUGGAAUGAUGCAAGAGGAGACCAAGACCACGCUCGUCAAAAAAUAAUGUGUAAAAUGACGCAGUUUGCCAAUACUAGAAAACUGACUGACUAUUGCCGCAGAAAAUGA